AUGGCCCUAUUCAAAAUAUUCUUAUGCUUAUAUCUGUUUACAAAUGUGGAAUUACGAAGAAUAUACGAUAGUGAAGAAGAUUUGAGUAGCGAAGGAUUGAAUGGUGAUGAUAAUCGAUUUUUCAAUGAUCUUAUAUCUCGACCAUCCUAUCGUGUGAUACCAAAUGAUCCAAUAGCAUUAAAUCAAAUUCAACUUGGUCAAGUAUCCGGUUUAGCGGCAUGUGUUAAAAAUCCAAAACGAUUGAUUGUGUUUCAGCGUGGUUCUAGAGAAUGGACAUCAGAAUCAUUUCCUGAUGGUAAAAAUUUUGCCAAAGAUAAAUUUGGUGUUAUUAAAGAGAAUACAGUAUUAACAAUCAACACUAAAAAUGGUGAAAUUGUUGAUACGUGGGGAAAUAAUACGUUUUCAAUGCCACACGGUUUAUCAGUUGACAAUGAUGGUAAUUUAUGGUUGACCGAUGUUGCCAUGCAUCAGGUAUUUAAAUAUGACACAAGUCAACCCCGUCAAUUAGUUUUAACACUUGGUGAAGCAUUUGUACCCGGUUCAGAUCAAUCACAUUUUUGUAAACCGACCGAUGUUGCUGUUAGUCGUGACGGACAAUUUAUUUACGUUGCUGAUGGUUAUUGUAACGAACGAAUUGUUAAAUUUGAUUCAAAUGGAAAAUAUUUAACAGAAUAUAAAAUGCCCGCUAAUCAACGACAAUUAGUCAUUCCACAUAGUUUAGCAUUAAUUGAAUCAUUAGACAUAAUUUGUGUGGCCGACAGAGAAAAUGGAAGGAUUGUUUGUUUCAAUGCUGGUUUAGAAUCUCAGUCGCAUGAAGGUCAAGUACAAUCAAUAAUUAGACAUAAAACAAUUCAAACAGUUUAUGCUAUUGCUUAUGAUCAAAAUAACGAACGUCUAUAUGCUGUGAGUGGUGGCAACAAAGCACUUGGUUAUACUUUCAGUGUUGAUCCAGAAUCGUUCGGUUCAUUAUUAACAACAUGGAAACCAUCAGAAAAUUUUGGUGAACCUCACGAUGUAGCUGUGAGUAUCAACAGUCUUCAAGUAUUUGUUGGUGAAAUUCGACCUAAUCGCAUUGAUACAUUCGAUGUGAUUAAUUAA